ACAAUCGCCAACUCAAAUUCUAGAGAGAGAAAGAAAGAUCUUAAGAGAGAGAAAAUGGAGGAUCCAGGAGCGACGAUCGCAGCGUCGGCGAUGGACGCGUUCGAGAAACUGGAGAAGGUCGGAGAAGGUACCUACGGGAAGGUCUACAGAGCCAGAGUGAAGGCCACCGGCAAGAUCGUCGCUCUCAAAAAGACUCGUCUCCACGAAGACGAAGAAGGCGUCCCUCCCACUACCCUCCGCGAGGUCUCCAUCCUGCGCAUGCUCUCCCGCGACCCUCACGUCGUCAGGUUGAUGGAUGUGAAGCAAGGCACGAACAAGGAAGGCAAGACUGUGCUCUACUUGGUGUUUGAGUACAUGGAGACUGAUGUCAAGAAAUACAUUCGCACUUUUCGUCAGUCUGGACAAUCCAUUCCUGCUCCUAUUGUUAAGAGUCUGAUGUACCAACUGUGCAAAGGUGUGGCCUUCUGCCACGGUCAUGGGAUCUUACACAGGGAUCUUAAGCCUCACAAUCUUCUGAUGGACCCCAAGACUUUGACACUUAAGAUUGCGGAUCUUGGACUGGCUCGUGCUUAUACUCUGCCCAUCAAGAAGUAUACUCAUGAGAUUUUGACCCUUUGGUAUAGGGCACCUGAAGUCCUUCUAGGAUCCACACAUUACUCGACUGCAGUAGAUAUUUGGUCUGUUGGCUGCAUAUUUGCUGAACUUGUCACAAAGCAAGCACUCUUCCCUGGGGAUUCUGAACUGCAACAGCUCCUACAUAUAUUCAGGUUGUUGGGUACUCCCAAUGAAACCAUGUGGCCAGGUGUAAGCAAGCUCAUGAACUGGCAUGAGUACCCCCAGUGGAGCCCUCAGCGUUUGUCCAAGGCUGUUCCAAAUUUGGAUGCCGAUGGGUUGCAUCUGUUGUCGGAAAUGUUGCAAUAUGAGCCUGGAAAACGCAUUUCAGCAAAGAAGGCCAUGGAACACCCUUACUUUGAUGAUUUGAACAAGGCUGGUCUGUGAAAAGCAAAAUGAAGAAGCAUAUGACAGAAUCACUACAUGUGGAAUUUGGAUGGAUUCUUGGAUUUGAU